AUGUCGCCAUCAUCGCCAGCUGCCUAUUUUCAUGUCAAGAAAAUUGCCAUUAUUGGCGCUGGGCCUUCCGGUCUGUCCGCUGCUAAGUAUCUAAGAGCACAAAAGGCCUUCGAUUCUAUCGUCAUAUAUGAACAGCAGAGAGAUAUCGGAGGCAUAUGGAACUGCUCGAAACAUCUCCUCGGGGUGGCUCCGAUUCCGGAACACAAUGACUUGGGUUCGCCGAAACAUUGCGUCAGUGAUGACCCAAGCAUAAUAUCGUCGCCAUUAUACCAUCAGCUAUACGCCAACAUUCCUUUACCAUUGAUGCGAUUCUCUGAUCAACUCUUUCCUGCAGGAACCGCAUUGUUUCCGUCCAUUGAUGUCGUGCGAGAAUAUCUCCUCAAGUAUGCCGAAGAAGUCAUGGAUCUCAUCCAAUUUGGGGUUCAAGUGGGAAAAGUGACGCCGCUUGCAGAAGGCAAGGAAACCACCUGGAUGUUGGAGGCAAAGUCUAUAGACGAUAACCGCAUGAUCAGAGACAAUUACGACGCAGUGGUUGUUGCGACGGGACACUAUUCACAACCUAUGAUCCCAGAGUUGAAGAACCUCGCAGAGUUUAUGGAGACGUACCCGUCUAUCGUCUCACACUCUCGUGACUAUCGGUCACCAACAUCCUUUAAAGACAAGAAGGUCAUCGUUGUGGGGAAUGGCCCAUCAGGUACAGACAUUGCUUUCCAGAUUAACAGAAUUUCGACGGGGAAAACGAUGCUUUCUGUGAGAACUCCAACGCCUCCACCAAGACUAGCAUACGUGGGAUGCGAAGAAGUUUCGGAAAUCGAGGAAUUUCUUGUGGAUGAACGAGGGAUUCGAUUUAAAGAUGGAAGAAUUGAAAAGAACAUUGAUGCUGUCAUCUUCUGCACAGGAUAUCGAUAUGACUAUCCCUUUUUACACGACCUGAGAACAAAGCUCAUCACAACUGGCCAAGGGGUUCAUGGGCUUUACAAGCACAUAUUCUGCAUCGACCAUCCCACAUUGGCAUUUUCAGCGCUCAACAUGAAAACAGCACCUUGGCCACUUUCCGAGGCCCAAGCGGCCGUCUUUGCCGCCGUGUGGUCGAACAGCAUCCAGCUCCCCGGAACUGAGGAAAUGCACAGAUGGGCCAAAGCUUUAUACGCAGAGCAAGGGGAGCGAUUGCAUCUCUUCCGGACGAUCACUGCCGAUGGUCUUUACAUUAACGACCUCUACGAAUGGGUGAAGAAGUCAGCUCACAAAGGAAAAGAGCCGCCAUUUUGGACUGACAUUACCUAUUGGCACAAAGCCACUUUCCCUCAAGUCAGACUAAAAUAUGACCUCACCGGUUGUAAAGCAACUGGACUGGAAGAGCUCGGCUUCUCUUACGAGCCAGAUUGGAGAGAAAAAUAA